CCCGGCUCGAGUUUGCCCAGGGCCGAGCUGGGCGCGGGGCGCGGGGCGCAGGGCGCGGCGGGGCUGAUGAGGAGGCUGAGGGUCUGGCCAGUGAAGUGACUUGCCCAGGACCACUCAGCUGGCUCACUCUGGCUGCGGGCUUGACUAGCGACCUGGGGGCCAAGGGCUGCAGUGGGGAGAGGCGGCGGCCACGCUGGUCCUGAUCUCCUGGGAGCACCCCUCUCUCCGCACAUGCCGCUGGGUCUGGGCCGGAGGAAAAAGGCGCCUCCGCUGGUGGAGAAUGAAGAGGCCGAGCCCAGCCGGGGCGGGCUGGGCGUGGGUGAGCCUGGGCCCCUGGGCGGAGGUGGGGCUGGGGGACCCCACAUGGGCCUGCCACCCCCGCCCCCAGCUCUGCGGCCCCGCCUCGUGUUCCACACCCAGCUGGCCCACGGCAGCCCAACGGGCCGCAUCGAGGGCUUCACCAACGUCAAGGAGCUGUAUGGCAAGAUCGCCGAGGCCUUCCGCCUGCCGCCGGCCGAGGUGAUGUUCUGCACUCUCAACACCCACAAAGUGGACAUGGACAAACUGCUAGGGGGCCAGAUCGGGCUAGAGGAUUUUAUCUUCGCCCACGUCAAAGGGCAGCGGAAGGAGGUGGAGGUGUUCAAGUCUGAGGACGCUCUGGGGCUUACCAUCACCGACAACGGGGCCGGCUACGCUUUCAUCAAGCGCAUCAAGGAGGGCAGCGUGAUCGACCACAUGCAGCUCAUCAGUGUGGGCGACAUGAUCGAGGCCAUCAAUGGGCAGAGCCUACUCGGCUGCCGUCACUACGAGGUGGCCCGGCUGCUCAAGGAGCUGCCUCGGGGCCGCACCUUCACGCUGAAGCUCACGGAGCCCCGCAAGGCCUUUGACAUGAUCGGGGUGCGCUCAGCAGGCGGACGCCCAGGUUCCGGCUCUGGAUCUCAGCUGGGCACUGGCCGGGGGACCCUGCGGCUCCGAUCCCGGGGCCCUGCCACUGUGGAGGACCUGCCCUCGGCCUUUGAGGAGAAGGCCGUGGAGAAAGUGGACGACCUGCUGGAGAGCUACAUGGGCAUCAGGGACACGGAGCUAGCGGCCACAAUGGUGGAACUGGGAAAGGACAAAAGGAACCCGGACGAGCUGGCCGAAGCCCUGGACGAGCGGCUGGGUGACUUCGCUUUCCCCGAUGAGUUUGUCUUCGACGUGUGGGGUGCCAUCGGGGACGCCAAGGUCGGCCGCUACUAGGCCUCCAGCCGGAUCCUGGCGGUCUCACCCCCGCAGCCUGGAGCGGGGCGGCUGGGCCCCCACGUCUCCCAAUCGGUACCACCCCUCCCUGGUGCCCGGCCUGCCUGGGGUGCCCCCCUGUUCCCCACCUACCUCAGCCAGGUCAGGCACCCCCGGAGAGGCUCUGUAGAAGGGGCGCCCUCCCACACACACCUACACACACACACACACACACACAUUUUUAUCCUCGGUGUCCUCUGGCCACGAGCUGUUUGGGUAGGUCAUGACCACACUCGUUUCCUGGCACUGGGACUGCAGGAGAUGGGUGCACCCUCAAAAUGCAAUAAUAUCCGCACCCAUGGCCCUGGCCCAAGACACCCCCAUUGCAAGGACCUUCCUCCUCCCCUCCUCAGGAGUCUGCACCUGAGUCUGCUGUGAACCCCACUUCCCUGAGGGCUGCCCCUCCCCCAGCCAGGCGGGUGGGGGGAUGGGGGCCGGUUCUGGGGUGUUUUUUGUAUCUGAAUUUGCUUCUUGGAUAUAAACGAUACUCAGCCCUGA